GUGACGAGGAGACCAGGAAAAAAUACCAGGACCCACAAAAUGCACGGACGACAGCGGUCCAUUUGAGUGUCAGUAAGACGUCCCGGGGGUUCGGUGUCGGCGGGGUCAGCUGGAGAACGUUCGCUCGGUGCAAUGAAGGUUCUGUGUGGGUUCGCGCUGCCGGAGUUUUAACCGCAAUUCCAGGGAUGGCUCGCUGAGCUAACCGAGCUAGCUGAGGGUUAGCCUGCCCGUUUAGCUCUCCUGGUCUGCCUCUGCGAAGGGAUACCUGCUGCCCGCUUUCACCGGGUUGUCACGGGGCUUGCGGUUCGUCGAAGAACCGGAGACACGGAGGCUGCCUCUCUGGAUGGACAGUCGGACCGGGGGGGUGGGGGCUCAUUGUCACUGCGCGGGCGUAACUUGCGGUGUCGGUCUCGGGGCGGCUAGGCUCGGACUCCGGCCGAGGGUUGUACAGAUGUGGCCGUGGCAGCCAGCUGUGUCCCCCCGUUUUUGGCACCCAAGUUGGUAGUUUGGUGUAAAUUUUUCACGAGGCCAAGCCAGCAGGGAGGGAUUGAAUAGCGUCAGCGCAUUCCCAAAAUCAUUAACUUUCACGUUAGCUCGGUUAGCAGCAUCUAGCUCAACAAGCUAUCCAAACUAACAGCAGCUCCUCUGGGAAGUGCACGUCGGUUAUUCGCACCUUUUGUCGGGCGUCAUGUAAGAGGUUUGUGUUGCAUUGCAGAUGUUGUGUAGCCUGAAGGUCCACCUGAGACUUUGACUGAGCUGUUAAACAUUUAACGCUGAGGCCAGAUUCUGCACCAGGUGUCUGCAUAGAACUUGUCGAGAGCACGUUGGUUCCACCUGAGGACUCCUGAGUGAAGGUGUAGCCCGGCGCCCCUUGUCUGACGGGCUUGUUCAGCUCAUGCGGUGAUGACUUUAGACUCCAUGAUGGCUUGUUGCCUGAGCGAGGAGGCGAAGGAGUCCAAACGAAUCAACGCUGAGAUCGAGAAGCAACUGCGGCGAGACAAGAGAGAUGCGAGGAGGGAGCUGAAGCUGCUUCUGCUAGGUACUGGAGAGAGUGGCAAGAGCACUUUCAUCAAGCAGAUGAGAAUAAUCCAUGGGUCAGGCUACACAGAUGAGGACAAGAAGGGCUUCACUAAACUUGUCUACCAGAACAUCUUCACCUCGAUGCAGGCCAUGAUCCGGGCCACCGAGACCCUCAAUAUCGGCUACAAGUACGAACAGAACAAGAAUAAUGCCCAGGUGGUGCGCGAGGUGGACGUGGAGAAGGUUUCAUCAUUCGAUCAGCCGUACAUCGGAGCGAUAAAGAUGCUCUGGGCCGACCCCGGCAUCCAGGAGGCAUACGAUCGCAGGAGAGAGUACCAGCUCUCUGACUCAACCAAAUACUAUCUAAGUGAUCUGGAUCGUAUUGCUGAACCGUCCUAUCUACCAACCCAACAGGAUGUGCUUAGGGUUCGAAUCCCAACCACUGGGAUCAUAGAAUACCCUUUCGACUUGCAAAGCAUCAUUUUCAGGAUGGUGGAUGUAGGAGGUCAGAGGUCAGAGAGGAGGAAGUGGAUACACUGCUUUGAGAACGUCACCUCCAUCAUGUUCUUGGUGGCGCUCAGCGAGUACGACCAGGUCCUGGUGGAGUCCGACAAUGAGAACCGUAUGGAGGAGAGUAAAGCUCUGUUCAGGACCAUCAUCACAUAUCCCUGGUUCCAAAACUCCUCCGUCAUCCUGUUCCUCAACAAGAAGGACCUGCUGGAGGAGAAGAUCAUGUAUUCUCACCUGGUUGACUACUUUCCAGAGUUUGACGGUCCCCAGAGGGACGCCCAGGCAGGUCGGGAGUUCAUCUUGAAGAUGUUUGUGGACUUGAACCCAGACAGUGACAAGAUAAUCUACUCCCAUUUCACGUGCGCCACAGACACGGAGAACAUCCGCUUCGUCUUCGCCGCCGUCAAAGACACCAUCCUGCAGCUCAACCUCAAAGAGUACAACCUGGUGUGAAGGAGAAAGAGGAAGCGACGGGGAGAGAACGCAAGCAAAGACACCUGCAGCCCCGAACACACAAACACACACGAUGCAGAGCGUCCAAAUCUGCAUGAAACACGAGCAUCGCUUCAUACUUUAACUCACCGACACUCUCCACCUCCUGCCACCUUCUGUCCACUCCAGCUGUUGGUUUGCCCGACUUUUCAAACGAUCUGUUGUGUGGUUUCAGUAAUCGCUCCCGUGCACAGUCACACAUCCAGAUCUUCUGGUCCUCUUCUGCUUUCUUUACAUUAUCACUCGUGCUUGUGUGUUGGAGGUGGGACGAGUUCCUUCUGUGGGUUAGACGAAGCUUUUACAGACAAAGGGCUCUCUCCCGUUCUUAUUUAACCCAUGCAUGCUUUCCACUACAGCAUGAGGGCCAGAGGCUGCAGACUCUGCUCCUCUGCAAAGGGUAACUAAUCACGACGAUGGGAACGUAUAAUCAGCCAAUGCUUGGGUGCAGUCAGUGAGGUACUUGGUUCCCCUUGGUCUUGUUUUUUUUUUUUUGUGUGUGUGUGUGUUAAUCCUUCCCCAAAUCAGAGCGUGGAAGCUCUGCUGAAUGUAAAUACAGUUUUCAUGCUGCUCACACUGAGUGAGGGCUACACAGAGACAUUCUCUGUCGGUAUUUUCAUCUACUUCUUUGGUUCUAUUGUUACUGCUAACGUUCGCUAAUUAAACUCAAACUCGUCUUCACACACUGAAGCUAAAAAACUUUACAUCAGCUCCUCCAUUUGCCAAAUUAAACCCAGCCGUGUUUAUUCUGUAAAUACAAUUCUGUUGCCAGUAUCAUCAGUUAUGUACGAAAACAUAUUAGGGAAUCAGUGUUGCCAAAAUUGAGUUUUCUCUCCUGCUGGAUCUUUCAGAUGUUGACGGCACAGCAACUCACUUUGUGUGGCAUUUCUUUAUGUCCAAUCACACAUGUAACAGUACUGUGAUUAUUUUUGUUGUUGUUGUUUCCUUCGAUGGUGAGAAUAAUUAGCUUUCCUGUGCACGGUGUGUGAAUGACGACACCAGAUCAGUCCAGUGCAAUAGUCAGUCGUAGAUGAAGUUAGUUAGUUUCAGUCACAAGUUGGUCACCAGAUCAUCCAAACGGCUUCUUCUCCGCCUUUUCUUUCUCAUUCGGCCGACACAGAUAGCCAGAGAGUUAAAUAGUUUGGGGGUUUUUUGUACGUCUAAUUGAUCAAUCAGAUCUGCGUGUUGUUGACAGUAAAAUGAGACUUCCUCCCUCUUUUCAGCUCCAUGUUUUUCCAACCUCGGAGAUGGGAGGAGAUUUUCUACUACUGUAAGAUAUCAAAACUAUUUUAUGGACAAGUGUUCUAUCUUUCUAAUGAUACUUCAUGUAUUAGUUGUUGCAGUUCUGUUUUUGACAGUUGGAGGGGAAAAGAAAAAAACCACAAAGUUUUCCAUGUCAGGUUUGUGCUUUAUGCAAAUAGGAAAAAUGACAAAUAGAUUUGGUUGCAGGAUGCUUGCUUUUUUUUCAUGUAAUUUUUUAGGAUAUGCGUUGGCUCUUGGUACCAAUCCCAUAUCGAUCGUGCGUCUCGCCUGAAUAGUUGUUUGAAUAUUCCAUUAAAAGCUGAGAGUCAGUAGAAAGUUGGCUAUUUUUUUUGUCCUCACAGCGUAAUUCAGGUAAGUUUUCAUAACUUUCUCAUCACAAGGGCUACUCCUAGCAGCUUUGGUAGAAGAUGAAAGGACUCUAUGGAUGGCAUAGAGGCAAAAGGUGCAAUGAUGAAUGAAUGAAUAGGGUCUGGGGGGGUGAAUAUGAGUGUGUUGACAUCCUGUUGAGGGUUGCAGGUUUCAGCGAUGUGUUUUUGGGGGGAAUGCAGCAGUCCACAGAGGCCUACACGACAUUCCUAAAGGAAGAAAGUUUGGCUCUUUGUUGGCCAUCUUUUUGCCUUUAGAGGAGGAGAAUAGCUCAUUUUUAAAGAAGUGGGGUUUUCCUGAGGUGCAGUAGCACAUCUUUAGUGUCCCGGCCGUCGCACCUUAACCGCCCUGUCGCUCCUCUUUACCGACUGUGCUGAUCUUGUUAUGUUUUCACUUUGUGCUUAUGCAUAUUUUCCUCUACAUGAGUCCAUGGUCGGCUGUGUUGGGAGUGCUGGGACAUUUUGACCUUCAUUGAAAGAUAAACCAUCAAAGAAAAUUACUGCACUCUUUCUCUGUAUUUGAAGUUGUUUGCCAAAUGGUGUAAACGGCAAAUGUUCUGGUGAUUUUAGUUUCUUUCUAGAGUAAAACCUUAUAAUCUGCUGUUUCAGUGGAAUCUACUUGCCCUGUGUUUCACUUGGCCUUGAUUUUAGUUGCAGUUACCCCAUGAAAGUAAUUUUCACACGCAUUCUGAGACAUUUCGUGAAAGACAGACGUAUAUUCAUGCUAAGUGCCACAUUUUUUAUGAGUUGAAAUGACAUUGAAGAGCUCUAACUUGGAGAAGUUGCGUUGCUUCUGGCUGCGAUCUUGUUUUUUCCAACGUUUAUUCGUAAACGGUUCAUCUUUUGGUGCUUCAGCCGACGUUUAAAGGCCUUGUUUUUCUCGACUGCAAUGCUUUUCACACUAAUUUUGUGAAUUUUGAUUAUGGAUGAAUGCACUAAUUGACCGACUUGUUUUCUGCUUCUCAGCUCAGAUAUCACGGUGAUCUUUUCCCUGAUCUGUAACUGAAUUCAUGCUCGUGUAGAUGAGUUCUAAAACUAAAACGAAGGCGGCCUGGCGUCAGAACGGCGGUGUAGACCUUAGAAAUUUGUUGCAUUGGUCGAUUUUUGCGCCUUGUCAAAGCCGACAGAAAGUCACGUGGCUGCACUUCCAGAUGGUCAGUUACUUAAAAUCCUUUAUCCCAGUGACUUCUAGAGAAAGUUUGUACGACAAUCCUGUACAAAACACUGUGCCAAGCAGAAUCAAUCAACAGAGACGACAUUAAAAAUUCUCAAAAUUCAUUGACACGUCACGGUUUUCCAAAUGAAGCCCGUUAAGCCUCAGUAUUAACGUCUUCACGGAAACACUUGCUAAGUGAAGGUACUGACAUCGUGUUCUGGUGGCGAGUGGACGAAUGAAUGAGUGAACAUGCCGCGUGUUCUUCUGCUCUCGCUCUUCUUUUUUCCCUGCUUCAUUUGAUCGGAUUGUGUGUUCUUUCCCUGGGUUGAAGGCACUGAAGCUGCAGCACUGCGAUGGGGCCUGCGUUCAUGCAACUGUUCAUGCAACUGUUCAUGCAACUGUUCAUGCAACUGUUCAUGCAACUGUUCAUGCAACUGUUCAUGCAACUGUUCAUGCAACUGUUCAUGCAACUGUUCAUGCAACUGUUCAUGCAACUGUUCAUGCAACUGUUCAUGCAA